GGUCGCUGUUUCUUUAAGGCUGGUUCCGCGCGGAUCUCGCGAGAACCAGUUGGCGCCGUGACCUCCAUGUGAGAGCAGCAGCUCUUCAUAAACAGUCUUGGUGGGUCCGCUAUGGCUCCUUCCUAUUUUUAAAGCCGUGGCGGCACUGGCAUUGUCAGUCUCUCCGCCUGCUCUUCACCCCCGCCUCUUCCCAGUUCCGGCUGUUUCGCUCCCCGUUCCCCUCCCCCCGCUCCGCCUCUUCCCCCAUCCCCGCCCUCUCGGGGUGUGCGCGCGCGGGGUCCCGCCGGCCGCCACCGCCGAGUGCCCGGGGCGCUCCGCGCACGCUCUCGCUCGCGCUCUCCCUCUUGCGCUCGAGGACCCCCGGGGUUGGGGAGGCAGGCGGUGGGGGUGUGAGAGCCUCGGCCGUAAGGAGGGGGAGACAAAGAGGGGAGGCAUCAGCGCCCGGAGGUUCCCCGCUCCGCGCCUCCUUCCUCCCGGCCGCUCCCCCCACCCCCUCCUCGGGUCAGAAUGUGGAUCCAGGUCCGCACCAUAGACGGCACUGAGACGCGGACCAUCGACGACCUGUCGCGUCUCACUAAAAUCGAGACAUUACGGGAAAAGAUCCGGGAGCUGUUCAAGGUGGCCCCGGACCGCCAGCGCCUCUUCUACCGGGGCAAGCAGUUGGAAGAUGGACAUACUUUAUUUGAUUAUAAUGUUGGAUUGAAUGAUAUAGUCCAGCUGCUGAUACGUUCAGAGCCUGAUGGCCCUACUACUUCAAUACAGAUUAAAGGUGGUGAGGUAAAAUCCCGUUCUAAUGGUGGAUGCAAAAGUAAAGUUAAGAAAACAGCAAGCAGUGGAUCUUCCAAUCAGCCUUCUACAUCAGCUCGUUCAUCUCUUAUUGACCCAGGAAUUGGGAUAUAUAAGAUAAAUGAACUGGUGGAUGCUCGAGAUGACACCCUUGGCGCUUGGUUUGAAGCUCAUAUAAAGAGUGUGUCCUCUGCAACAAAACAACAUAAAAGUGGCAAAGCUAAAGCAAAGAGUGGUUGUCAUAAAAGGACUAAUGGAAAUUUAAAUCACGAUCACUCCAGAGGCAACACCAAUAAGUUGGACAGUGCACCUUCCACAUCUCCUUCUAAUUCUAUGAACAGUGAAGAUAUUAUUUAUCAUAUCGAGUAUGAUGAAUAUCCAGAAAAUGGUAUUAUAGAAAUGCGUUCCAAAAAUCUUCGACCACGAGCAAGAAAAACUCUUAAGUGGAAUGAACUAAAAGUAGGUGAUUUGGUGAUGGUUAACUACAAUGUAGACACUCCUGAAGAACGAGGAUUCUGGUAUGAUGCAGAGAUUACCACAUUGAAGGAAAUCUCAAGGACUAACAAAGAAGUUCAUGCAAAAAUUAUGCUAGGUGGACCAGAAGAUGCAAUAAAUGAUUGCAAGAUACUGUUUAUAGAUGAAGUAUACAAGAUUGAAAAAGCUGGAGCUCAUCCACUUUCAUUUGCAGAUGGACCAUAUACAAGAAAGAGUGGCCCUGAAUGUAAACACUGUAAUGCAGACCCAGAUAAAGAAUGCCGCUUUUGCUCCUGUUGUUUAUGUGGAGGCAAACAAGAUGCACAUAUGCAGCUUCUCUGUGAUGAAUGUAAUAUGGCCUUUCAUAUCUAUUGUCUGAAUCCUCCUCUGAGCAAGAUUCCAGAAGAUGAAGACUGGUAUUGUCCUUCCUGUAAAAUUGAUUCAAGUGAAGUUGUAAAAGCUGGUGAAAAACUCAAACAGAGCAAAAAGAAAGCAAAGAUGCCAUCUGCUAGUACUGAAAGCCAUAGAGACUGGGGGAAGGGAAUGGCCUGUGUUGGUCGAACUACCCAGUGUACACUGGUUCCUUCUAACCACUAUGGACCUAUACCGGGUGUUCCUGUUGGAACUACAUGGAAAUUUAGAGUUCAGGUGAGCGAGGCAGGUGUCCACAGACCCCAUGUUGGUGGAAUUCAUGGCCGAAGCAAUGAUGGGGCAUACUCACUUGUGCUGGCAGGAGGAUUUGAGGAUGAAGUAGACCGAGGCGAUGAAUUCACUUAUACUGGAAGUGGUGGUAGAGAUCUUUCUGGUAAUAAAAGGAUUGGAGAACAUUCAUUUGAUCAAACAUUAACAAAUAUGAACAGGGCAUUAGCCCUAAACUGUGAUGCUCCAUUGGAUAAUAAAAAUGGAGGCGAAUCAAAGAAUUGGAGAGCCGGUAAGCCAGUUCGAGUGAUACGUAGUGCAAAAGGACGGAGGAUCAGCAAAUAUGCUCCUGAGGAAGGCAACAGAUAUGAUGGAAUUUACAAGGUGGUGAAAUACUGGCCAGAAAUUGGAAAAUGUGGAUUCUUGGUUUGGCGCUAUCUUCUACGAAGGGAUGAUGUUGAACCUGCACCUUGGACUGCAGAAGGAAUAGAACGGUCAAAGAAUCUACGCCUAAGUGUUCAGUAUCCACCAGGCUAUGAAGAAGCCAUGGCAAGUAAAGAAAAGAAAGAUAACAUCAAAAAACCACCUGUGAAGAAGGGGCCAAGCAAACGAAAUAGUGAAAAACAGAAAAGGUCAAUUGAUGGUCAAGGUGAGUCUGGGAGUGCCUCUAAAAUCAGAAGAAUGACAGAUGGAGAGAAAGGCGAGGCUUUCCAGCUGACCACACAACAGCAGAAUCUGAUCAGACAAGACUGUCCAAACCAGAAGCUAUGGGAUGAAGUACUUGCAUCUCUGAAGGAAGGACCAAAUUUUCUGAAAAUACUGGAACAGUCCUUUAUGUGUGUCUGCUGCCAGGAGUUGGUCUACCAGCCAGUGACAACAGAGUGCCUCCACAAUGUCUGUAAAAGUUGCUUACAGCGCUCCUUUCGAGCUGAAGUUUUCACCUGUCCUGCUUGUCGUCAUGACCUUGGAAGAGACUAUACUAUGGUUCCCAACAAGAUCCUGCAGACAUUACUUGACCAGUUCUUCCCUGGCUAUAGCAAAGGACGAUGACAUGUCCACCUUCUGCCCCUCCUGUGGCUUUAAAGACAAUAAAGGAGAAUUCUAUCACUGGGGAAAAAAGAUAACUUUGGACCAAUAAACUUAAUGGGACUCAGCAGAUUUUCACAUUCUGAAGCCGCUAACCCUCUUACCCACAUUGCCACCAUCUUUUUUUUAUGUAGUAAGAAAUCCAUUUAUCAAUUGUCUAUCAACACCAAAAGGUAGGGCCCAGUUGUUACUUAUUCACAACUAGUAUUAAACAGAAUGAAAAUGGAGGCCUCAACCCUAACUGGUCAGUUUAGUUAAUGCACAACUUAUGAUUUGUUUUAUUUUGCAACUACCUCAGGACAGAGGAAAGGGAUUUGGGGAAUUUGUUUAAACAACUAAUUGGUCAACCAAAAUUUUAGCUACCUACUGCUGCCUCCUGGAUAUUAGUUUUGCGUGGUCCAUGUAAUUUAAUUAAGCAGAAAAAAAAAUUAGCAGCACUUAAGGCAGUUCAGUUGGAUGAACAGAUUAUAUGGUGUGCAUAAUCCUUUUUUUAAAUCAUCUUUUCUUCCAUUAUGAUGUUUUUUAAUUUUUGUUUUGCAAGAGCAGGCUGAUUUUUGUCUCUUUUCGUGAGCUUUGUGCUUUUUUCUUGUAUCUUAUGCAAGUUGACUACUAAUGACUAAUGAAAACAAUAUGGAUGCAUUGUUGCUACAUUAGUGUAAUGUGAUCUGUGUUUUUUGCACUUAAAAGAGGUAUCCAAAACACUCUCAUUGUGUAAAAACAGUUUCAUUGAACAAGCCACUUUUGUGUUAGCUAAAAAUGUAUGCUUUCAAUAGGUCUUGUUAUCAGUGGCAAUACAUCUAGAGCGCAUUACAGUACUAGCUUGGAGAGGGUUGAAAUUGCUUCAUAUUGUGAUCUUAAAUUUUAUAUACAGUAUAUUCCUCCAAAGUAUACCUUAUUAAAUAUUUUAUGAUUCAAAAAAA